AUGCCCCCAAAGGAAGAAUCAAAAACACCUAAUAUAAUACUUGGAAGGCCAAAAAACAAUCUACGUAUCGGAUUAGUCGGGUUACCAAAUGUCGGAAAAAGUACUACUUUCAACAUUUUGGGAAAUGCCAGUGUUCCUGCAGAAAAUUAUCCUUUCUGUACGAUAGAUCCUCAUGAAGCGCGAGCUAACGUAAGAGACGCUAGAUUUGACUGGUUAUGCGAUCACUUUAAACCGAUGAGAUCGAUACCAGCAGUAUUGACGAUAUUUGAUAUUGCUGGGUUGGUUCCUGGGGCUUCAAAAGGCGAAGGCCUUGGGAAUGCUUUCCUAUCUCACAUAGAAGCGGUUGAUGGAUUAUUUCAUGUGAUUCGGGCCUUUGAUGACGAUGAAGUUAUCCAUGUUUUGGGAGAAGUAAAUCCAAUCAAGGACGCAGAGGCAAUUCAUAAGGAAUUAAUUCUCAAAGACUUGAGCAAGGCUAAAAACAUGCUUGCUGAGAUCAAAAAAGUGGCUAUUAGGAACCAGAGAGAUUUGCAAAAGAAGAUGGAGUUGGAAGUAUUGGAGAAAUCGAUAGAAAUGUUGGAAGAUGAUAAAUGGAUUAUAAAUGGCAAUUGGAAAAUUAAUGAAGUAGAUGUGUUAAAUAGUUAUAAUUUUUUAACAGCAAAGCCAAUGGUUUACUUGAUAAACCUCAGUGAAAAGGACUUUUUGAGAAAAAAGAAUAAAUGGCUCGCCCCUAUCCAUAAAUGGAUAAAUGAAACGAAUCCCGGGCCUAUUGUACCCUUCAGUGCAGCAUAUGAAUCCAAGUUAAUUGAAGAAGUAUCCAACAUGACAGAAACUGUUGCUAUAGAAGAAAAGUCGAAGACUAGCCAAUUGAACAAAAUAAUUCAUACCGGUUACACUGCGUUAAAUCUAAUGCACUUUUUCACCUGUGGGCCGGAUGAAGUUAGGUGUUGGACCAUUAGGAAGGGAACAAAAGCGCCGCAAGCGGCUGGUGUCAUACAUUCAGAUUUCCAAAGGGGAUUUAUCUGUGCUGAAGUUUAUAAAUAUGAGGAUAUCGUAGAAUAUGGCAAUGAAGCCAAUGUCAAGGCUAAUGGGAGAUAUCUCAAGAAAGGAAAGGAUUAUAUAGUGGAGGAUGGCGACAUUAUUUUUUUCAAGUUUAACGUUACAAACCCCAAGAAGUGA